CGGUUCGAGCCACAGUGCAAGAACAAGAAGGCGGACUGGCUGUGAAUAGCUUUUGGAAGAGGGAGUGAUACAGCAAACAUUGGACUAGCUAACGUUAGCUAUAACAAAGACUUUUCAGAAUGGAUUAACCCGUUUUGCGAGAGAAUUAAGUGGAUAUAUUCUCCUAAGGACAACCUUAUAUCGGUAAAGGAUUGCUUGUUUUCAUUUUUUGCUUCUGAGAAAUUCAAUAAUGCAACUCACCACAGUGUGUGGAUAGUGAUGGAGCUAACGUUGCACUUCUGUAUCAGCUCUCGCUUUGGAUGCUUACUGCUUACUCAGUUUGUGUUAUAAGAAUUUAUCAAUUAUAACAAUUUACCUAUUGAGAUAAUAUAGUACAACGACGAAAUGCUGGCUUGUAUGUGAGAACAUACGCGUCUGUAACUGGCUAGCAAGCCCAUGAGCUUAUGUUAGACUAGCUAACAAGCUAGUUAGCUUGUUAGCAUUUCGGCUCGUCAACUGAUUGUCAAACGCGAGCAUUUUCCGUCACGAGGGAAGACGUUUAGAAAUCCCAAAAAGCUAAAUGUUUGAACCUUGUCUUUAAAACAGAUUUAUUUAUUGUCGGUUGAUAUUAAUUUAUUGUUAAAAAUCAGUUUUUGUCAAAACUGCUGCCCUAACGAAGUGUAACGUUAUCCCCUGGAAUCUUUCAAAAUGCACCAUCCUCAUUCUGCAGGAGACUCUGGCAGCGUCAGAAAGAUGGCGCACCCGGCGAAUUUUCCUAGAAGGGGUAAUGUUAGCAAUAUUAACACCGGCGCCGGGAGUGUUCCCACGUUGUCAACACCGACUAGUUCAGCUGUUAGCAAAUGCCACGUUCCCACUGAAGACUACCAAUCCCCCCUAUUGAUGCAGUCUCAACCUCCUGUUGGAUCAUCCUCCCCUGGGCCUCAGCACCCUCCCCACAGCCUUAACCUGCACUCCCAGCCACAGCCCCAGGCUCUCUCCUCUGGGUCUCAGAUAAUGAUGAAGAAGAAGAGUGGCUUCCAGAUCACCAGCGUGACUCCAGCACAGAUCUCUGUGAGCACCAACAACAGCAUAGCGGAGGACACUGAGAGCUAUGAUGAUCUGGAUGAGUCUCAUACAGAGGAUCUGUCCUCUUCAGAGAUCCUGGAUGUCUCCCUCUCCAGGGCCAAUGACAUGGCUGGGGGCGCAAGGAGCUCCUCAGAGGAGACACUGAAUAACUUUCAUGAGGCGGACACCCCCGGGGCUAUCUCCCCCAACCAGCCCCCCCACUCCUUGCCCCAGGGUCCCCAGCACGGAGGGAUGGUGAACGGAAAUGUGCACCAUCACCAGAGGCAACAUAAUCACCCUCAGCAGGCCCUAGCUCAGCCUCCUUCCUCUGACCCCCACUUUACUCCCACUUCUGGAGGGGCUGGGGGUGCCCUAAAGAUGCCUUCUACCAUGGAGGUACCUCUGGAGAAUGUUUCAGUGGGUUCUGCCAGUGUUGCUACUCAGCCUGUAGCAGCUGUCUCUCUCCCUGGAAUGCACAGCUCUGCUGCAGUAGCUACUGUUAGCAUAGCUGAUCCUCUGACCAGCCAUGUUUGUAAUGUGAAUAUGUACAGCUCUUCCAAUGUAUCUGUGAUGGGAGGUGUUAGCACCAGCGCUAGCAGCAGUGGUGGUGGCUUCCCCCCUAGUGUAAUGAGUUGCGGUGGGAGGGUUGGAGGUUUGAUGGGGAGUAACUCGAGCAUCACUAUGAUUGCUGCUGCUGCCAGUGGCUCUGUGGUGUUGGGGCCCUCCAGUGGCACACAGGGUGGAGGAGCUGCCAUACCUCAGCCAGGGAUGAGCUCCUCGGGCAUGGCUCUAGCCUCAGUCCCCUCCUCCCAGCCCCCCCCAACCCCAGCUCCUGCCACCACUAGCUCUCGUUUCAGAGUGGUCAAGCUUGACUCCAGCUCAGAGCCAUUUAAAAAGGGCAGAUGGACAUGUGCUGAGUACUAUGACAAGGAGACCCCAGCUUCGGCCCCUGCCCCCUUGUCCUCUGAGGCUACUGCCCCUAGUGGCCGGGUUGUGGACAGCAUGCGGCCGUGUGGGCCUGAGUGUGUGAAAGUGGGGUCGGAGAGGGAGAACACCAGUGGGAGUUCAGUGAGCAGCACAGUCAGCACACUGAGUCACUACACAGAGAGUGUGGGAAGUGGAGAUGCUGGAGGCCCCCCAUUACUCCAGCCCCACCCUCACUACCAGGACUACUCCAACCCCCCUCCGUCCUUCCAGACCUCUCGCCCAGGUUUCCCCAUGGUGGUGUCCCAGUCUCAUCUGCUGCCCACCGUGGCUCCCUCAGUCCCUGCCAGCGUUCACCAGCCUGCCCCCAUCAACAUGGUGGGCCUCCAGACCACCAUAGGCCACCAAACCACUCCUAUGCCCCAGCAGCCGCUCACCUACGCCCAGGCAGCCUCCAUCCCGGCUCCUGGCUCAGCUCAGAGCCUAGUGGGGGUGCUCCAGAAGCAGAUGGGCUAUGCUCUUACACAGCAGCCUUCUGCGACUCCCCAGGUAGCCCCGGUGCACAGGCUGAGCCAGGGAGGGGGCAUGCCUCCAGACUACCCCCAGCCCAAGGCAGGCUUACCCCCACCUGCUGUGCCACAGGCCCUGCCUGGAUCCGGGCAGAUGAUGGGAGUCUCGCAGCAGCAGGUGGUUGGUUCCAUGCCCCAGCUCCAACCCCAGGGUCUCGUCCAACAGCAGCCCCAGCAGACCUCAAUCCAGGCCACUGUUGCAGGAGGGGGGUUAAUGCCUCAGAUGGGCCCAGGAGGAGUAACUGGGUUUGGGCAGCAGCCACAAGGACACUCUCUCUCCCUGGACCACCAACAUCAGCAACAACAGCAGUCAUUCCCAAGCAAAGCCCAAGGACUUGCCACCCAGCUGUCUAACACUGCCCUCCCUAACCAGGGCUGUCUAGUCUCCAAUGUGCUUCCUCCUAACCCACAGAGUGACUCCCAGCCACAAAACGGCAGUGGCCUGGCCCAGUCUCACCCACAGGCGCAGCCGCCCGGGGUCAGCAUGCCCCAGGACUUCAGCAGUGCCCAGGCCCACACCCAGGCUGUGGCUUCCCAAGCCAGUGCCCUGUACGCCAGCCUGCCCUCCUUCACCACCACUCAGCUGGAGGAUGCCCAGCGCCUGCUCUUCCAGGACCAGUCUGCCCUGCUGGCCCAGACCAUGGCCAAGCUGGCUGGGGAGGGUGGCACUGCGGCAGGCACAGGCCUGGGGACUGAAAGUAACGCAGCCGCCGCCACGGCCGUCAGUGCCUUAACCUCCUCUGCCGGACUCUUCAAAGCCGUGGAUGGAGACGAUGAUGGUUCGUCAGGAGCCAGUGUGGUGGCCAUAGACAACAAAAUUGAACAGGCUAUGGACCUGGUGAAGAGCCACCUGAUGUACGCAGUGAGGGAGGAGGUGGAGGUUCUGAAGGAGCAGAUCAAGGAGCUGAUUGAGAGGAACUCUCAGCUUGAGCAGGAGAAUAGCCUUCUGAAAACCCUGGCCAGCCCAGAACAGAUGGCUCAGUUCCAGGCCCAGACCCAGACAGGCUCCCCUCCCACCUCCACACAGCCUCCAGCCCAGGCACCAACCCUACCCCCGACUCAACCAUCACACAACUCUGGACCCUCUGCGUAGCAUCACCUGAUACCCCCGGAGAGGGGUAGAUGAGGAAGUCUAUCAACCAACCAGGGCCUGACUGACUUGACAGUCCUCAGACAGACUCCUGUUCUAACGCUGCAGAACAACCAGGCCUUCAUUGCACGGGGCUACGCUGUUAAGACAAGAAUUUGCACAUAUUUAACUUUGAGAGCGGCGACAGGUGUUGUCAUCGUUUCAAGACUAUUAAAGACACUAUCAAAGACAAUCUGCCUAGGAGAGGAGGGAAAGGGGAUGUUAUAGGAGAAUGAACAUUGCCAAAAAAUUCAUGGACUUGGGAGAGAGAGAACAAGAUUGUCUGACUAAGAAAAACAAAACCGACAAGAAAGUAGACAUGACUUAGUUACUGUGCCCGUGUCAAUGAAUUUCAAGUGAUGUCGACUUCAGUGGUAACGAUGAUGGAGGGAGAUGGUAACGGCCAUGCUUUGCCGAAUCCUGAUAAUGUAAAUAAAUACAGCGGUUCUCUUCUGCUUGCGUGCUACAGAGAGACAGACCGAGAAUGGAGCACCCCUCAUGGUGACAACGUGAAAAAUCAGAGGAUUAUCAUGGUGUGAUAGUCCCCAUCUGGCAUUUGGGGAGUGAGGGGGAGGAGACCUGAAGGGAGAACACGACAACAUUUCCAUGGACGUCAUCAUUUAAACUGUGGGAUUGAAUGGAGUAUAGUAGCCUAUACUUGCUUAUUAAAAGAGGUGAUGAUUAUGACAUUCUUAUUUGAAUUUGAACCCCUCAGCCUUGCGCCCUGUUAAACCUCAUUGCGGCUUCUCUUAUGUAAAGGAGCACAGGGGCUGAGAUGAUUGGCUAAGCUGCAUUUUCAAAAAGGAGUUGAUGGGCUUUCUACAUUGUGUAUAUUUCUGUAUAUUUAGUGUAAGUACUGUGUAAUAUAGUGACAUAAGGAGAGAAGACAGAUGCUAUUUAGGUCAAGUACAAAUGGUGAGUGAUCUAGGCCUAGUAAUGGGCUGGUCUGAAGAUAUGUGCUGUCUUUUUAAUGCUGUAAUUCAGGACAAUAGAGCUGUGGAGGUUAUUUAACUGACAAAUAUCCAGUAUCCAUAUCUUCGGCUGCAACAUUAACGCCUACUGUAAACCAUGGUUCACUUGAAAUUAUUUGAAGUAAAUUUAUUUUGUUUUCAUUUUUUGACGGUAAAGUACUUCCGGAUGAUCAGCUCUUAAACAUAACAAACAUGUUACUCUGAAUAUCAGAAAGAUGAACUGAGAUGGAUUCUUUGCAUUCUAUGUAUAAGUUGUAUGCUCAUGUUCCGCAUGUUUCCUCAAACCAGAUGAGGUAUUGUAAACAUACUUAACACAAUUGCACUUGACAGUUUCACUUCACAACUUUCAAUAAAAUGUUAAAGGAAUAAUCAA